AUGGGAUUCUCUAGCUUUGAGCCGCAGCUCUUCGGAGCAUCUCGCGAGAACUCGUUUGUCAAAGCGAACUACAUCGUUCUACUUUCGUUGAUUGCUGUUAUCCUUCGCCUUUGGCAAGCUUGGCCCAGAAGAGCCGACACACCAGUAUUGUCCCAUCACAAAGGUUGGAGUGCGCCGUGGAAGGAUGCUGCACGCUACUUGAAGGACAGUCCAGGCGUGUUGAAGGAGGGGUAUGAAAGGAACGCAAAAGACACUGUCUUGCUCAGCAUUCCUUGUAAACAGUACUCAAAACACGGUCAAUUCUUCCAAGUGUCCACACCAACGCGCUGGUUCAUUGUUGCACCACCAAAAUAUAUCGACGAGAUUAGGGAGGCACCAGAGGAAUACCUAAGUCCGCGAGUGUCAGCUAACGAUGUUGUGCAGACAAAGUACACAGUCUCACCGAUUGUUGAGGCAAACAAGUUCCAUCUUGCCACCAUCAAAACUGCUCUCACGCCAAGUCUGGGAUCUAAAAACGACGAUAUCUUGGACGAGAUCGAGCUGAGCUUUGCAAAUGAGAUCGGUGCCUGCGAUGGUGAUCCAUCUCCUCAAAUUGGCAAUUGCGCUUCACUAACAUACCUAGACUGGAAGCCCAUUCCCAUGUCUCAGAAAGCGCACCGUAUCGUGACAAGGACGGCGAACCGUGUUUUGGUCGGCGCACCGCUCUGUCGGAAUGAGGAGUACCUCCAGAUGUCAAUCAAAUACACCAUUGACGUCUUUGGUGGGGCUGAUAAGCUCCGUGGCUACCCUGACUUUCUCAAGCUGCCGGCAACUUACUUCGUUACCAACGUGAACCAACAGCAGGCUAUAGCCCGAAAACAUCUGCUGCCUUACAUCCAAGCUCGCUUGGCAGCGGAGCGGAAGUAUCUCGACGCUGGAAAGUCCAAAGAAUGGCAGCGCGAAAAGCCUCAGGAUUCGUUGCAAUGGGUGAUCGACGCGGCGCCGAAUGCAAAGGAGCGCCAACCCAACCGGCUUGUAUAUCGGAUUCUGCACAUCAAUGUUGCUGCCGUACAUACAACGAGUGUCACCUUUCUCAACUGUGUCUUCGACCUGGCCACUCAUCCGGAGAUCCAUGACGAAUUGCGCCACGAAGUCGAAAGCGUCAUUCAGCAAAAGGGAUGGACGAAGCAGGGGCUGAACGACCUGAAGAAGAUUGACAGUCUGAUGACUGAGAGUCAACGCCUCUCGCCCAUUGCAAGUUUGCCGAUAAUGACUGUAGCUCAAAUGACUCGAGGCGUCACGCGUGACUUCACCUUCUCGGACGGAACGACAGUGCCCAAAGGUGCCUUUGUCCUCGUGCCUCUCUUGGCACUCUACACGGACAACGACGUCUUCCCUGACGCGGAGAAGUUUGAUGCCUUUCGAUUUUCGAGACUGCGCGAACGACCGGGUGAGGAGAGCCGACACCAAUUUGUGACGACCUCGACUACUCACAUCAAUUUCGGUCAUGGGAAACACGCCUGUCCAGGGAGAUUCUUUGCCAGCAACGAGAUCAAAUUGCUCCUGGCCUACACGUUGCUGAACUAUGAUCUGAAGCUCGCAGGGCCGGCACCGCAAGCGACUUGGUUCGAUCGGUCACGGAGGCCUGAUCUUAAAGCGCAAGUACUGUUUCGCAAGAGAUAG